AGUUGAUAUGUCCAUGAAAAUCUAAUAAUAUAUAUGUUUGGUUCUGAGUGUAAUUAACACUUAUCAGUUUCAUACCUACUCAAGUUUGAUUUUGGAGACCCAACAAGCAGCCAUCCAAAUUCAUACUAAGAUUUCAUAUCAUGGCUUGGGGAUCACGUUCCUCUUCCUCUUCCUCCAAUUACCAUGUGUUCCUCAGCUUCAGGGGUGAAGACACACGUAGUGCUUUUACUGGCCAUCUCUACAACACUCUUCAGAGCAAGGGAAUCCACACUUUCAUUGAUGAUGAGAAACUUCAAAGAGGGGAGCAAAUAACACCAGCACUUAUGAAGGCAAUUCAAGAGUCCAGAGUUGCCAUCACUGUGCUCUCUGAACACUAUGCUUCUUCUUCGUUUUGUUUAGAUGAACUUGCAACCAUCCUUGACCAGAGGAAACGGUUGUUAGUUAUACCGGUCUUUUAUAAGGUGGAUCCUUCUGAUGUGAGACACCAGAAAGGUAGUUAUGGAGAAGCAUUGGCAAAGCUUGAGACGAGGUACCAGCAUGACCCGGAGAAGUUGCAAAAAUGGAAGAUGGCUCUGAAGCAAGUAGCUGACUUGUCUGGCUAUCAUUUCAAAGAGGGAGAUGGAUAUGAAUUCAAUUUUAUUGAGAAGAUUGUUGAGCAGGUAUCUAGGGAGAUUAAUCCUCGUACUUUACAUGUUGCGGAUUACCGAGUUGGACUAGAGUCGCGAGUGCUAGAUGUAAGGAGACUUUUGGAUGCUGGAUCUGAUGAUGGUGUCCACAUGAUAGGGAUUCAUGGAAUGGGCGGGGUAGGAAAAUCAACACUUGCUCGAGCUGUUUAUAAUGAAUUGAUAAUUGCUGAGAAGUUUGAUGGUUUGUGUUUUCUUGCAAAUGUGAGGGAAAACUCAAACACACACCGGUUAGAACACCUCCAAGAAAAGCUGCUUUUAGAAAUACUCGGAGAGAAGAACAUCAGCUUAACAAGUGAGAAAGAAGGAAUUCCAAUCAUACAGUCUAGGCUCAAGGGAAAGAAGGUUCUCUUGAUUCUAGAUGAUGUUAACACACAUGAGCAAUUACAAGCAAUUGGAAGACGUGAUUGGUUUGGUCCCGGCAGCAAAAUCAUCAUCACAACUCGGGACAAACAAUUGCUAGCAUCUCAUGAAGUUAAUAAAACAUAUGAGAUGAAGGAAUUAAAUCAGAAAGAUGCUCUUCAGUUGCUUACAUGGAAAGCUUUUAAGAAGGAAAAAGCUUAUCCAACUUACGUGGAGGUCUUGCAUCUUGCACUAACUUAUGCUUCUGGUCAUCCAUUGACGUUGGAAGUAAUAGGUUCCCACUUGGUUGGAAAAAGUAUAGAAGAAUGGGAAUCUGCCAUCAAAAAAUAUGAAAGAACUCCCAAGAAGGAAAUUUUUGAUAAACUUAAAGUAAGCUUUGAUGCUUUGGAGGAAGUGUUGGUUAAUUUUGAAAAUCGAGAUAAUCCUGGAUAAAUCUGAAGUUGUGUAUAAACACUUUCA